AUGAAUUCCACUUUGGCGUUGCUGAUAUUCUUAUCUUGGGUGUUGCUUCCCUUUUCGAAAGCCCUACACAUCACCGACGAGACCGUUGGCAAGUUCCUCCUCGACGAGUAUGACUACAUCAUCGUCGGAGGUGGCCUCUCGGGACUGGUCGUCGCGAACCGCUUGAGCGAGGAUACCAGCAGUAAGUCUCCGUCUUCAUCUUUGCCGCGCAGUCGACGUUCGCUUACCAGUUUGCAAGCGACUGUCCUCGUGAUCGAGUCUGGCGAGCUUGAUGGACGUGAGAGCAAGGUCGUCGCGCCCGGCUACAUCGGUCUCACGCCGCCUUCGCCAUACGGCAAAAGCGUCACGACGGUACCUCAGAAAUUCCUCGAUGGCAAGACGCGUGGGAUCAGCCAGGGCAGAGUAAUCGGAGGUGGUUCCGUCGUCAAUGGAAUGUGCUGGACGAGAGGCUCGGCCGCAGACUUUGAUGCCUGGGAGGAGCUGGGGAACCGUGGAUGGGGAUGGAAGGGCCUUCUUCCCUACUUCAAAAAGGUCGAGACUUACACCACGAAUGUUGAUCGAAACACUCGGGACCGCCUUAGCAUCCACCCAGAUAUGUCGGUCCAUGGUACGGCAGGGCCCAUCAACGUCGCCUACCCUGAGUAUUUCUACAACUCGUCGGAGAUGGGCAUUCACCUCUCGGGAGACCUUAACACGGGCGACCCGACGGGCGCCAUGAUCGUUCCGUCCAGCAUGUCUCCCUCCAACCAGACCCGCUCCGAUGCGAGAACAGGCUACUUCGACCCGGCCAUUUCGCGUUCGAACCUGCAUGUCGUUACCGGGCAGACUGCGACGCGCCUCAUUGUGGGCUUGCCGGGCUCUUUGGCCAAGAAGGGAAGUCGUCGGCGAGUCAUUGGGGUUGAUUUCUCAUCUGAACCCCUUGGCAUCAACAGGACGAUCUUGACCCAAAGGGAAGUCAUACUGGCGGCUGGAGCGAUCCAGUCGCCUACUCUUCUCCAGGUUUCGGGUAUCGGUCCUCGAAAAGUCUUGGAGUCGUUGAAUAUUUCUGUUCAAAUUGAACUGCCAGGUGUCGGAAAUAACUUUCAGGAUCAUCCCAUGGCCCAGUUUCCGUUUGACUACUCUAAUUCAUCCGUAUUCACUUCUCGCGACCUGACUGGCGACGCCUUCAACAGUGCGCUCGACACCUUCGUCACCAACCACACCGGCCCCUUGACUGCACCCCUGAUCAACACCGUCGCCUUCCCAAGCCUCCAAUGGCACGAAGCCGAAUGGAAACCCCUCCUACAGCACGCUACAAACCAGUCCUCCUUCGCCUUCCUCCCCGUCGAUACCCCGCCGACAGUGCAGUCGGGCUACACUCGACAGAAACGCCUCGUUCUCGACCACCUUGCCCGCGCCGAUGUCGGCGCCUACGAGCUCCUCGCGGCCUCCUGGGGCCAAAUGUCCAUCGCCAACCAGAAGCCUCUAUCUCGCGGCACCGUCCGCCCGGUUUCCGCCUCCGUCUUUGACGGACCCCUCGUCGACCCGCGGUACUGCGCCGAUCCGCUCGACUGCAAAAUCAUCAGGCUCGGCCUGCAGAUGGUGCAGAAACUCAUGCGCACGAAUGCCAUGACUCCUCUUCAGCCCGUCGUCGAUGCCAGCCUCAACUCGACGGACGAGACGGAGCUCAUGGCGGCGCUGAAACCGCUCGUCGGCACCGAGUACCACCCCAGCGGCACCACGAGCAUGAUGCCCAAGGAGCUUGGCGGCGUUGUGGACCCGGAGUUGAUGGUGUACGGAACGUGUAACCUGCGCGUCGUCGACGCGGGCAUCAUGCCGCUGGUUCCGGGGGGGCAUAUCCAGGCUGCUGUGUACGCCGUUGCUGAGAAGGCUGCGGACAUCAUCAAGGCUGCCGCGCGUGGUCCGGACUUGUGCCCGUUUGGACAGCCGCAGUGGCCCCCUGUGUAG